GCGGCGUCCCGGGCCAUGGAGCGGGGGCCGGGGGUGGCGCUGCGGGCCGUGCGGCUGCUGCACCUGCUGGUCCUGCUGGUCCUGCCGGUCCUGCCGGUCCUGCCGGGGGCCGCGCGCGGACAGGCCCCGCACGAUCCAGAUUCACCCGCCAGCAAUCAUACCAAUGCUACAUCAAACCUUCUGGCCAACUCGACAACUAUCGACUCCAACACCACAUCCAAUUUUACCAGACCUGAGACGUCUCCAGUUCCUCCCGCCUCCAGCACCUCGGUUAGUACUUUAAAACCUGCAGCAUCCAAUACCUCGAAACCGAAUGCCACAACAGCUCAGCCUCCCAGUACCUCGAAAUCUCCAACGGUGUCGAGGACGACGACAAGCAUCGCUCAGAACACAUCUCACAUCCCCAAAACCUCUGCAGCUACAGCGCUCAACAACACAGAUGUGGCGGCUUCUGCGUCCCCGAGCGUGGCAACAAAUAUUGAUGACAGAUUAAGCAGAGGAUCCAAAUUCGAUAUUGGAAGUUUUAUGGGUGGCAUCGUAUUAACCCUUGGACUCUUAUCUGUUCUGUACAUUGGAUGUAAAACCUACCAUUCCAGAAGAGGAAUUCGCUACAGAACUAUCGAUGAACACGAUGCCAUCAUUUAAAGAACAUUCUUCCAGGGGAUGGCAGAAGGAAAGCAGCACGUGCCACCCCUCCUUGCUUUGUGCUAUUCUCUCUUUUGAAAACUGCUUCCUUCCUGAAAGCAAUAUAAAUGGACAGAACUUGCAAAGUACAGCAUAUUCUCUCUACAAGUGAUGGGUAAAAAUUAUUUCUUCAUUUACAGAUAAAGUUUUUUUUUGUUGUUUUUGUUUUUUUAAAAAAAGGCACUUCAGAAUAGGGAGGUCACAGAUGUAUUUUUUUCAAGCAUACCCACUUAAAGUCAAAUUUGUCUUGACUAGGGAUAAAGGAGCUGUUUGGCCAGUUAGGGCAUCCUUGGUCCAGGCAGUAUCCAAGAACGGGGCCAAGGGAAAGGGGUUGAACUAUUGAGAGGUAGCCCAUCGUAGCUCUUUCCCUCCCCCGUUCCCAGCCUCGGGGUGACUAUGGGCCGGGAGGUCACCACAGCCCCCAGGCAUCGGAAUGGAACGGGGCAGGGGCCGCCGUGGGUGCCACAAGGCUUCAUUUUGUCUAUCACCGGUUCGGAGACAGUGAUGGACAUUCGGCAUAGGCCAGUCAGAAGCAAUAAUGGGCAGCCCUCAGGCCCCCCUGCCCUCACAGCUGUCCAAAAGCCAAGCCCACAGCUGUUCUCCCACCGACCUCACAGUCCAGCCGCUCCACUCCGGAAGCGGCGCCUUCCCGCUUCAGCCGGCCGGCCCCUCAGCCUCUAGCUACUUAAGAGACAUUCUAGGCAUCAGCUCCUUGCGUCUCAUGGAAACUGGGCUGCGAGUGCUGUUCUCAGACUGUAACCACCUUCCCUCCUGUCUUUAAAACGAACAUCUAGCGUCCUGACCGCCUCUUUGGGAAGCUAGGUAGCAGCUGGUUUAAACCCAUUUUCAACCCUCUCUUUGUACUAAGCCAGAGACUAAAAUGACGUUCUCCACACAGAGAAGUGCAUCUGAGUGGACUCUUAGAGGUUUUGAUUCAAGCCUUUAAUGGUAGGAAAAAUGCAGUUUCUUUUUUUUUUUUUUCCUUUAGCUUGGCUUCAUUCAACCCAAUAAGCAAUAUUACAGUUGGAGGGAACUGUAGCUGGUCAGUAAGUCGGACUAGUUGAAGGGCAGAGAGAUUAUGGAGUGGUGAAUAGUCUACCGCCAAGAAAAUUCACAUGGUCCCUGCCACUGCUAGAAGUUCAGAUUUAAACUUUGAUUUUAGCCUAUGGAUAUAGGCCCGGAUGAGAUAGGUUAGCCAAAGAAUAACCAAAAGAUCCACAUGUUCCAGGGGGAUGGAAAAAGGACACUUUACAUCCUCCCUCUGAAUAACUUCAUUAACUGCAGCUCUGAUCGAGGCCCCUGUGACUUUCCAGAGACAAGUUCUAUGUUUUGGGUAAAGAACGGCAAGCUCCUCGGCGGGGAGACUAGUCAUGGAUCCCAGGAGAGACAUCUCAGGGAUUGAUCCCUGCGCUGACUGAAAAUAUCAGGGCCCCCAGCCACGUGCCGGCAGAGUGGGAGAUGGUAAGGAACGAUGGUGCCGCCUUGGCUUGGGGUGGAGCUGGCACAGUGCAUCCGUGGGCUUCCAGGGCUGGAAUCCCCAGUGGGCACUGGACCAGAGCCCUGAGAAGCCUGAAAGCAGGGAGAAAGCAGCUGGUAGGGUAGAGAGGGCAUGGGUUACCAUUCCAAGAGGAGAUUGAGAUUUCAUCUCCAUCCCCUUCUGCUUCAGCAGGAAAAACUCCAGAAAAAUCCAAUCAAUCUCAACAGUCUUGCCGAAACUGAAUCUGAGUCUCGGUGGCUCUCAAACCAGCAGAAAAUGAAAACACAUCUCAGGCUGAAUCCAAGCACACAAACACACUGUCCAGCUAAUUCAGGCCCCCAAACAACAUUUGGACCUCAAAUAUUUUGAUGAUCAACGAGGAAGGUGGGAUUUUGAUGGGCGGGCAUCUACAGUAAGCCUCGAUAGGACUAGCAAAAGAAUAUUUGUUUCUGUUCAGUCUUGGGGGAGAGGGUCUAUCAAGCCAAACAUCGUAAUCAUCUGGUUUGCAGAACAGAGAGUUCAAGCGGACAGUUAAUCACAAUGCCUUGCAAUUCUAGAGAACAGCCACCCCCUAGCAAUGCUGAAGCAAUCCUCUUUGUGGUGCCACAGAAGUACAGGUUUGAAGGUUACUAGAAGCUGAAGCGCAGGGUAAAUUUUCUACUGGCUUCUUUUAUGGCUUUGAGCAAAGCAUUCAGCCAUGGUUUUGGUGUGUUCCUGUUGAAAAUGAGGUGGCUCAUAUCUUCUUCACGGGUAUUUUAUAGGAUUAAUUAAGGCUCCCUGCCCCUCUGCAGCUAAUAUUUCUAGUCAAAGAACUUUUGAAUAAUGGAGCCAACCAGGAUUCCUUUGUUUAAUAUUUGUAUAGCACUUUGAAGAUGAAAAGCUCUGGGUUCAGUAGUCAGCACCACUAUUCGCUUUGAAAUGUGUAACUUUGUUUUGAUAGAAUAUGGGCCUUUUCCUCCUCUUUUAUACGAAAUACUUUGUAAAAAUAGAAUUCAAGCAUAUAUAGUCUAUACACAAUUUAAUUUUGCUUUUUCAGCAACACUUUCAAAGCAAAAACCUAUUUUAUUAUCUAAGCAUUGAUUUUGGUAUUUUCUUGUACUGUGCAACUGAGAUACACUGACCUAUUUUCAGAUAAUAAAAUAAAAAUUUGCACUCAGCGACCAGAAAAA